AUGGGGGCGGGAGGGGGCGGUGGACACCAUCCCCAGGGCGGACAUGCGCCCAGGGAUCCAGGACCAUCGUCGCUAUUCAUCCUCUCCGAGGAGAACAUCAUCAGACGCUAUACUAGGUUCAUCAUCGAGUGGCCUCCUUUCGAAUAUGCGGUACUCUUGACAAUCAUAGCCAACUGCAUCGUGCUGGCACUGGAAGAACAUUUGCCUUUUCAUGACAAAACUGUAUUGGCACAAAAACUGGAGAGAACAGAAGUUUAUUUUCUUGGGAUAUUUUGCGUCGAAGCAUCUUUAAAAAUCUUAGCGUUAGGUUUUGUUUUGCAUCGCGGCUCUUAUUUAAGGAACAUCUGGAACAUCAUGGAUUUUUUCGUCGUACUUACUGGGUUUCUCACCAUGUUUCCUCAAGAUAUCAUAGCGGUGGACUUGCGCACAUUGCGGGCAAUCAGAGUACUGAGACCGCUCAAGCUAGUCUCUGGCAUCCCUAGCCUGCAAGUGGUUCUCAAGUCCAUUAUCAAAGCUAUGGCACCGUUGCUGCAGAUCGGAUUGUUGGUGUUGUUCGCUAUCGUGAUCUUCGCCAUAAUCGGAUUGGAGUUCUACUCCGGAGCUCUGCAUCGAACGUGCUAUAGUCUCUAUGAUAUCGAUGAGAUCGUGAAAGAAGGUGAUGAAGAGGUGCCUUGUAAUACGGACAAUGAGACUCAAGCGAGGGCGCAGGGCAGCAACUGGUGUCGGGAUGGCAACUCCGUCUGCUUAGAACGGUGGCAGGGUCCCAACAACGGGAUCACAUCCUUUGAUAACAUCGGUUUUGCCAUGUUGACGGUGUUCCAGUGCAUUACCAUGGAAGGGUGGACGGCCAUUCUCUACUGGAUGAAUGACGCCAUAGGAAACUUCUUCAAUUGGAUGUAUUUCGUUCCGCUCAUAGUCCUAGGAUCUUUUUUUAUGUUGAACUUGGUUCUUGGUGUUCUGAGCGGUGAGUUCGCCAAAGAGAGAGAAAAAGUUGAAAACCGCCAGGAGUUCCUGAAGCUGAGGAGAGCGGCACAACUGGAAAGAGAGCUGAAUGGUUACGUUCAGUGGAUAUGCAAAGCAGAGGAAGUAAUAUUAGCGGAGGAACGAACAACAGAAGAAGAGAAAAUGCACAUAAUGGAAGCUAGAAGAAGAGCCGCGAAAAAGAAGAAACUGAAGAAAAUGGGCAAGAGCAAAAGCACGGACACUGAAGAGGAACAGGAAGAGGAAGACGUGGCAGAUGAUGAAUCAAAGAAAACGCUAAAAGGUUUCGGGAAGACGAGCUACCUCAAGUCUCGAGCCAAGGGUCAGGGUGGCUGUGCUAGUUUCUGGAGGGCUGAAAAGAGAUUCCGGUUUUGUAUUCGACACACCAUCAAAACGCAAUGGUUCUACUGGUCCGUUAUAGUGUUGGUGUUCUUCAAUACAUUGUGUGUAGCAGUGGAGUUCCAUGGACAGCCUCAGUGGCUCAGUGAUUUUUUAUAUUAUGCGGAGUUCGUCUUCCUAGGCUUGUUCAUGUCAGAGAUGUUCAUCAAGAUCUACGCGUUAGGUCCGCGCAUCUACUUUGAAUCCGCCUUCAACCGAUUUGACUGUGUUGUCAUCACAGGAUCGAUCUUCGAAGUCAUCUGGUCAUCAGUUAAGGGCGGCUCAUUCGGUCUUUCUGUACUCAGGGCAUUAAGGUUGCUGAGAAUAUUUAAGGUUACUAAAUACUGGUCAUCACUCCGUAAUUUGGUUAUUUCGUUACUGAAUUCUAUGCGUUCAAUCAUCUCAUUAUUGUUCCUUCUUUUCCUGUUCAUCUUGAUAUUCGCCCUACUGGGCAUGCAGCUGUUUGGAGGUCAAUUUAACUUCGAUUCAGGAACACCACCAGCAAAUUUCAACACGUUUCCAAUCGCUUUGUUGACUGUAUUUCAGAUUCUUACUGGGGAAGAUUGGAACGAGGUGAUGUACAACGGUAUAAACGCAUUGGGUGGUCCAAGCACUGCGAUGAUAUACUCGUUAUAUUUCAUUAUUUUGAUGUUGUUUGGUAACUACACCCUGCUGAACGUAUUCUUGGCUAUCGCCGUUGACAACUUGGCCAACGCGCAAGAACUGACCGCUGCUGAAGAAGAACAGGCUGAAGAAAAUAAAGAGAAACAAGCUUUAGAACUAGAAAAGGAGAUGGAAGCACUGCAAAUGGAGGGAUCCAAUCCCAGGGUGGAAGUAUGUCCGCCAAGUCCACCCAGGGGUCGGAAAAAGAAAGACGAGAAACCUGAAGAAGAGGAAGAAAUAGUGGGACCCAAGCCUAUGCUGCCGUAUUCCAGCAUGUUCGUACUGUCCUCCACAAAUCCGGUACGUCGUGGCGCGCAUUGGGUGGUGAACCUACGUUACUUCGACUUCUUCAUCAUGGUGGUGAUCUGUUUGUCUUCAAUGGCGCUGGCCGCCGAAGACCCGGUGGACGAGCACUCCUUUCGCAACUUCAUCCUGGACAAGUUCGAUUACGCCUUCACUAGCGUUUUCGCCGUUGAGAUGUUGCUGAAGGUCGUCGAUCUGGGGAUCAUCCUGCAUCCGGGCUCCUAUUUGAGGGAAGUUUGGAAUAUCAUGGACGCCGUUGUAGUCAUUUGCGCAUUGGUGUCGAUGGGUUUUGACUUCGCGAAACGUCCAGAGGCGGCGAACUUGUCGACGAUAAAAUCGCUGCGAGUGCUUCGCGUAUUGCGACCGUUAAAAACGAUCAAACGAGUGCCGAAGCUCAAAGCAGUGUUUGACUGUCUAGUGAACUCUUUAAAAAAUGUGAUAAACAUUCUGAUAGUGUACAUAUUGUUCCAAUUUAUAUUUGCUGUGAUCGCCGUACAACUGUUUAACGGAAAAUUUUUCUACUGUACUGAUGCUAGUAAAUUUACCGAACCUACGUGCCAGGGGCAGUAUUUUGUAUAUGAGGAAGACAGUGAUGUACCUCAGGUAGAAAAUCGGGAAUGGCUGCCUCAAAAAUUUCAUUACGAUAAUGUUCCGAUGGCUAUGCUGACAUUAUUCGCCGUGCAAACUGGAGAAGGCUGGCCUCAGGUUCUCCAGAAUUCGAUGGCGGCCACGUAUGAAGAUCAAGGCCCGAUUCAGAAUUUUCGAAUCGAAAUGUCCAUUUUCUACAUUGUAUAUUUCGUAGUGUUCCCGUUCUUCUUUGUAAAUAUAUUCGUUGCCUUGAUCAUCAUAACAUUCCAGGAGCAGGGCGAGGCAGAACUGCAGAGUGGAGAAAUAGAUAAGAAUCAAAAAUCGUGUAUAGACUUUACGAUACAAGCUCGUCCAUUAGAAAGGUAUAUGCCGAAUAAAAGAAACAGCUUAAAGUACAAAAUAUGGAGGAUUGUCGUAUCUACGCCGUUUGAGUAUUUCAUCAUGAUGCUCAUCGUUUUUAAUACUUUAUUGCUGAUGAUGAAGUACGACAAGCAAGAUGAAAUGUACACGAAAGUCCUUAAGUACCUCAACUGGGGUUUCACGGGCAUGUUUACCGUCGAGUGUAUCCUCAAGAUACUUGCAUUUGGCGUCAGGUAUCACGAGAGUCCACCCCUAUUGUCUGACAUCCUCGCCGUCAUGAACAUACUAUUUACGUUCCUGUUCCUAUGCGAAACCGUUUUGAAGUUGAUUGCAUAUGGUAUCAAGAACUUUUUCAAAGAUCCAUGGAAUACCUUCGACUUCGUGACGGUGAUAGGAAGCAUAGUUGAUGCAAUGGUGGUGGAGUUUGGAGAAAGGGCGGCACAAAUGACAAAAGAAAGGGAAAACUUCAUCAACGUCGGUUUUCUACGGCUGUUUCGCGCUGCCAGACUGAUUAAACUCUUAAGGCAGGGUUACACCAUACGUAUUUUACUGUGGACGUUUGUACAGAGCUUUAAAGCUUUGCCGUAUGUAUGCGGUUUGAUAGCAAUGCUGUUUUUUAUCUACGCUAUUAUUGGAAUGCAGGUUUUUGGAAACAUUAUGGAGCAGCCGACAGAAUCAAUAAAUAGGCACAAUAAUUUUAGAAACUUUAUACAGGGUCUUAUGCUUCUAUUCAGAUGUGCCACCGGUGAAAAUUGGCCAAGUAUUAUGCUCUCGUGUGUGAAAGGAAAAAAAUGUGAUCCAAACUCUGGCAAAAAGGAUGACGAAUGCGGACAUAAUAUAGCCUAUGCCUACUUUGUAUCUUUCAUAUUCUUCUGUUCAUUUCUGAUGCUGAAUCUGUUCGUUGCUGUCAUCAUGGAUAAUUUCGAUUACUUAACAAGAGAUCCAUCGAUAUUGGGCGCUCAUCAUUUAGAUGAGUUCGUAAGGAUAUGGGCAGAAUACGAUCCGAAUGCUACGGGGAAAAUUCAUUACACAGAAAUGUACGACAUGCUUAAAAACAUGGAUCCACCUCUGGGCUUUGGCAACAAAUGUCCUAAUAGAUUAGCUUACAAGAAGUUGAUUAGGAUGAACAUGCCAGUGGACGAUGAAGGGAAAGUUAACUUCACCACGACGUUUUUUGCGUUGGUUAGGGAGAAUCUUAACAUCAAAAUGAGGCCUGCCGACGAGAUGGACCAAGCAGAUGAGGAACUCCGGGAAACGAUAAAAAUCAUUUGGCCACUACAAGCCAAGAACAUGGUGGACCUUUUGGUGCCUCCUGGUGGUCAACUUAACACUGGCAAGCUUACAGUUGGUAAAAUCUAUGCAGGUCUUCUAAUAUUGGAGAGUUGGAGGAGCACCAGGUUCGGACAGAUUGAACCAACUGGAGCUCCGAAGGCGUCGUUUUUCGACUGCCUUAUGGACGUGGCAGCUGGGCAGCUUGGCGGGGCGGCGGCGGGCAGCCGGGCGGGCAGCCUCAGUCUCGAGGGGACGCCCUUGAUGGGUGGUCAAGCUGAUAGGGCGGCAGCUGCCAGCGAAGAUGCGAGGCAUGCGCUAGCGCCCCCUGACGCCGAAGGCUCACACUCGCUCAUGGUCAAGUUGGCAAGGAGGAACACUAAGCGGAACCGCUCUCUUAGGAGCAAAAAGGUGAUGGAGAUGCAAGAUGUGCUGGGCUCCCGAAGACCGUCCUGUGACAGCAUGGGAGACCAACAUCUCCAUCCUAGUGGUUAUAACAAUACCACUCAUCAUCGUAGAAGUCCCAGUUUAAGGCGUAAUUCUCCAUCUCUUCAAAGAAGUCCAAGUCCUAGGAAAAGGUAUCCUCACCAUCUGCAUCAUGACAUCGGAUUUUCCGAUACCGUUUCAAAUGUGGUGGAGAUUGUGAAGUAUGAACAUCAAAGGGCAUCGCAAAGAAGCAGAUUUCCAAGAGGAUCAUGGUCUGCAAGCACCAGUCCUGCACGAUCUCCAUCUCCAACCGGCGGUAACGGGAAUCGGUACUAUGCUCGGUACGAUGCUGGUGGUACGCGAUCGUCUCGACGGCACGACUACGGUACGACCAGCCUGUGUCAAAGAUCAAGGUCACCAAGUCCAACCUUGCCAGCUUCGUCCGGUGGUGGGACGUCUAGGUCGCAGAGUCAUCAUCACCAUCAUCAACACUCUUCGUCUAAUACUAGUUGGCAACAGCAACAUUACGUGCAACACAGUCAUCCAAUGCUGUCAAACAAUAGUGGAGGACGAAGAGGCCAAGGUAGAAGGUUACCACCAACACCUUGUAAACCAUCCACCCUUCAGUUGCGACCAGGUCCCAUCAACUUUCCAAAGUUAAAUGCCUCUCCGACUCACUACCACCAACAAGGCGGAGCUCAGCAACACCUCCACAUGCACCAAUCUGGCGGACAUUCGGUGCAACCUCAUUCUGUCCACGGCACUCCACAUUCCGCGUAUAGAGUGACAGCUAGGGACACAGUGGCGACUACCAAAGAGGUGGUGGUAGUACCUUUGCCUUCGAAUCCUGCAUCAGGUAUGAUAGAAGGCAACGUUUCGACUACUGAUGGGUCUGCGCCUCUGAGUUUUGAGCAGGCUAUGGCUAUGGGGAGGGGAGGCAGGGUGCUGCCAAGUCCUGUUCCUAACGGGUACAAACCAAAACCACCAAGGUCUAGGCAUUCCGAUUCAGAUGAAGACGACUGGUGCUAGCACAUGCUUAAUACUCUUUAAGAGUAAUCAACUAGUGCUAAGUGGUAUCGAUACGGACCGUACGUAGAGAAAGUGACUCUUGAGUGAAACAAACAAAACUGUUAUUCAUCAUAUUGCUUAGUACAUCUAGGAAAAUUAUGAGCUAAAUAUAAAAGCAUAAAUCGGCUUGAAUGUUAACUAUAUUUGGAAGCUUUAAUGGGAGCUGAGUUCAGAAAGCAAUCGUAUUCAGGAGUGUUGAAGUCUUGCAAACGACUUACGAAGAUCUUUGAAUUGAGCUCCUUGAAAUAUAAUAUUGAAAAUGCAUGCAAGUUGUGAUUUUGGGUAGUGCUAAUGAGCGUGAUGCUGCAUUCUCACAGUGCAAGAGGUAUACAGGGCGUUUUAGAACUAUGAGAUCAAACCUGUAAGGGUUAUUCAGUGUAACAGUAGAAAACAUUUGACUAUAGGGGCCCAUAUCCGGAAAAGUGUCACUACGGCACUACGACCCUAAGACGCGUUAAAAUUUAGAAAGACGAUGAAUUGCCUAAAUAGGAUUUAAUGCAUUUAAUUUUUGCCUUUUGUA